GGUCAGCCCAAAAGGCACCCUGAGGUGGAGGUGCCGUAUGAGUUAUGGUCACUAUCUGGAGGGGUGCUUAGUUUGAAUCAGCAGCUCUGGCAGGCAGACGGGGUCUCGGAGAUCUCUACUGGGUGAACUGGACAUGGCGAUAAACUGGUGAUGAGCAUGAAGCUGACUGCAUAGUGAAGAGGAAAGAAAAGUACGUCAAGAAAUAGAGCCUAAGUGAUGGAUAAUCAAGACAAGGGAGGAGGUAAAGGAGGAGGAGGAGGAGUGCAGACAAAAGACAAUCAGAAAGCUGAGGAUGUUGACGAUGUAGAAAAAAAGACUAAAGACAAGCAAAACAAGUUGGAGAAGGAGAGCAAUGGAGAGGUAAAGAAACACAGCCGUCGUCACAUGAGGAACGGCUGGGCUGUGAAGGAACGUCUGGUCAUCAACGUGUCGGGGAUGCGUUAUGAGACCCAGCUCCGCACCCUUGCCCAGUUCCCGGACUCCCUGCUGGGUGACCCCCUGCGUCGCAGUCGCUACUUUGACCCUACACGGAAUGAACUCUUCCUGGAUAGAAGCCGUGUCUGCUUCGACGCCAUCCUGUACUUCUACCAGUCAGGCGGGAGGCUGCGGAGGCCUGCCAACGUCCCUCUGGACAUGUUCCUGGAGGAGCUGCGCUUCUAUGAGCUCGGAGAAGAGAUCAUCGACCACUACAAAGCGGAUGAAGGAUUCCCCAAAGAGGAGGAGAGGCCCUUACCCACCAAUGAAUUGCAGCGUCGCCUCUGGAUGCUGUUUGAGUAUCCGGAGUCCUCCAGUGGAGCUCGGAUCAUUGCCAUCAUCAGUGUCAUGGUCAUCGUGAUCUCCAUUCUUAUCUUCUGCCUGGAGACUCUGCCUGAGUUCAGGUUGGAGAAGGAACAGAGGGAGCAAUCCACCACCAUACCUCACCCCACUAUAGCCAACGAAACUAUCUCGGUCCCACCUGGCUUGACUACCUUCCAGGAUCCCUUCUUUAUUGUAGAGACGGUCUGCAUCAUCUGGUUCUCCUUUGAGCUCAUCGUGCGCUUCACCUGUGCUCCGAGCAAGGUGCACUUCUUCAAAGACGUGAUGAACACCAUCGACUUCUUCGCCAUCAUUCCCUAUUUUGUCACCCUGGGCACGGAGCUGACCAAGGACAAAGACGCACAGCCGUCCGUGUCUCUGGCACUCAUCAGGGUCAUCAGGCUGGUGAGGGUCUUCAGGAUCUUUAAGCUCUCUCGUCACUCCAAGGGCCUCCAGAUCCUGGGCCAGACGCUGAAGGCCAGCCUCAGAGAGCUGGCCUUGCUCAUCUUCUUCCUCUUCAUUGGAGUCAUACUCUUUUCUAGUGCCGUCUACUUUGCAGAGGUGGACAGUCCUAACACGUCGUUCACCAGCAUCCCUGAGGCAUUCUGGUGGGCUGUGGUAUCCAUGACAACAGUCGGCUAUGGGGACAUGUACCCGGAGACGGUCGGGGGGAAGCUGGUGGGCUCCAUGUGCGCCAUCGCCGGCGUGCUCACCAUUUCUCUGCCCGUGCCUGUCAUUGUGUCCAACUUCAGCUAUUUCUACCACCGUGAGAUGGAGUGUGAGGACACGACAGAGUACAACCACGUCACCACAUCGCUCUGGGACAAAGAGGACGAUGAAGAGGGGGAAGAUGAGGAAGGAGAUGACGAGGAGCAUGAACACAUGGGAGAUUAUGUGCCCUUGUAUGGGCAGGACAGCAGGGGUAUCUGCCCACCGCUCAAUGGGACUAUCCUGGCAGGGCUUUGUGCCGGACAGGAAGCUGGUCAUCAGAGAGGGAUAAACUUUUACCUCAAAGAACCUCUGGUCACUCAGGUUUGACAGAGAGCAGGGCAGACAUGUAAUGCUGCUUCACUUCAAGAAGAAGAGAGUGCAAUGAUGGAAAGAUUCUGGCAGAAUGAUACAGGAGACUUGGACUGAUAUAAGCUCUACUUUGUUACUGUUGCAUGUUUUUGCAUGAUAAUAUUUGAUUUACAGCAAGAAUCUAUUUUCUUAAUAAAUAAAUAAAAACUCUGCAGGUCAUUAGACAAAAUUCACUGCUGUGUUAAAGACAUGUCCAGGCGUUAUUCUCUAUCCAGCUCAAUUAAAAAAAACAUUCUACCUGCUGCCAGUAGUGUCCCCAAAAUUUUUUCAAAGGGAUGGCCAGAUGGGGCCACUGAAAAUCUUGGGGGUGGGACAGUAAAACCAAAAGCCAUAAAUGAAUUUCAACGCUGUCAAGGCUAAAACUAUGUCAAUAUGGAGAGUUAUGGAAUGGCAGUAAUUAGCUGAUGUGCAGGGACUAAAACCAGCACAGUUUACAUUUUGAGUCACACAACAAUCCUGUUAUAAUGUUUUAUCUAUCUGUACAUGUUCGGCAAUAGGCUGGUUGUCCUUUUCCUUAAAACAGAAACAUACUGCUUUAAUUUGAAGGAGCACAUUGAUUGUAAGGAACAAAACAUUUACUGGGAACACGCCUUCUGAGGUUUAGGGGAGACUCGUGGGUACCCAUACAACCCAUUUUCAUUCAGGUACCUCGAGAUGAGAGUUCAAGGGAACCCCUGAAAAUGGCCAUGCCAAAAUUUAGCCUAAGUCUGUAG